CAAACUCAACCUCCGUCGCUAGUUUGAGGAGGAUGCUCGGGUCCGUGUAUGAUAUCGGCGCCACUCCCACUUUAAAUAGUACCCACGUCGAAUGUAUUUGUAAUUAUUCACACCGCUUCAUGGAAUACAAGCGGAGAAAUAAUGGAACUCUACUUCGCCUGCCAGUUGAACUGUCUGUCGUCGUGGGAUUUUUAGUCUCCUGCCCGCCAAGCAGGUGCAGGAAAGAUGGAGCUAAGCAGAAGGAAAGUGCCUCUUUAUGGUCAGGCAAAGGUGUUUGCAUUAUUGGAUGGGGUGGAUUCCAUGCUGGAUGAUGCCGAAGUUUUUAUUGUCCUAGAAGGAUCCACACUGGUACAUGUCACAAGUGCUCAGAUGGAUGUCAUGCUCUGCUUCAUAGUACCUGGGCAUAACCUCUCUGAAGUGGUGUCUGUGCAGGCCUACUUAUGCUCCAAAACCACACCUCCCACAUGGGUGGGUGGCGCAAUGUUGGAGUAUGUCCAAGAUGAUGCGCAGGACCUGGCAGAGUACCUGGUCACCCAUGGAAAUGAUUUGAGCUUCAUGGAUCACAAAGAGCUGAGCAGUCUCUUCAACCUGGGCCAUCAGAGCUCACGCUGGGCUAUGGAUCGAAACAUAGCCCUCGCUAUGGCCAACCUGGAUAUCCCUCCAAACUGGAAUGUUCUUGGGUGUGCCAGCAGAGAUGAUCACAGCCCCAAGGAGUCUUUGCUCCACCUGGCUGUGCGAUGGGGUCUGUGUCGAUUGGCUGAGCUGCUGCUCUGUCAGCCUGGUGGCCUGAUGGCUAUCAGUCUUCCAAACAAGGAGGGAGUCACGCCACUGCAGCUGGCACACUCAUCAGGCAACAGAGAACUGCUGGAGCUCCUCAUGCACCCACCCAACCCUUUAGCCACACCUCCUGCAGGACUAUCGCAGGUGUGGGCUGACCGCUCCCGAUUAUUGAGGUACUGUCACGACACAGGGAAUCUGACACUGACCAUCAGACAAAAUCUGAAGUGGAGCUCAGAAGAGAGCAGGCAUGCUGAUAUUCAAUUGCUCAGAAACAGACUAAGAAAUGAGUGCUUCCUCAGAGAGAUUAAAGCGCUAAGAAAGGAACGAAGAGAGACUAUUUUCGGCAAAGAGCAACUGGUGGAUGAUCCUGCAGAAACCGGACUUUUCCCUGAUAUGAGUGGAAAUAAUCUGGCUGCAGACGAUAAUGGCUACGAGGAACCGCUGAUGUUUUGCCUCAAUCCAGAGGACCAAGAGGACGACGAGCACUCUGACUCUGAAAAAAGCCAGUCCAUAGGCCAGAGCCAAGCCUCGUCACCGACUCUCGCUGCUGCUGCCAGGCUGUCAGCGAUGAUCCACGGGAAAGACAGAGUAUAUGCCAACGCGAUGGUGGUGGACCAGGUGGAUGAUGUUGAUAUUAAAUAUCGCUCUCGCCCAGCGCCUGAUGUUGGCAGCUCUUGCUGGGACCCUUUCACCAUGACACCGUUUGACACAAGCUCCUGUUCCAAAAAUCGCCCGUCCACACCGCAAAAUAGCAAGAGGGCUAUCCGAAGCCCAGUCCCAGAGAAUUCCGUCGUCUCUCCGGCUUCCCCCUUAGCUUCCCCCCCAUCUUUCCCGUCCUCCCCCCUGGCUUCCGCCUUCCGUUUGUUUGAAGGAGGACAGAAGCGACAACCGCAAACCAGACUUCCAGUCUCUCCCGGUAGAGAAUGCAACUUGCCAGCGACGACCCGUGGACUGAGCCCUAGCCUUGAGUGUGACAGUGGGGAAGAGGACAUACUCGGCCAUUCUUACCCCUGCACUGCUUCAAGGCUGCAGUCCAGCUCCCCAGACCUUAACCACUCUCACUCCAACAGCACAAAAAAACCCACUCAGAACCCAGAAGAAGGCGAGAUUCGACUGCGCUCGUACUCCUACUCCUCCCCCAAGGCGAAGCCCUCACGCCCCUUGCUAAACAGAGACGCAACCAUCACUGAUCUAGCGGAAGAUGGCGCAUUCAGCAGCGGUGGUCGUUCUCUACUUCAGGCUUUAUCUCUCUCUAAAUCACUCUCUCGACUCAACCAAGUUAAACAGAGUGUGCUGAACCUGACUGAGACUUCCAAAGAAAAAAGGAUUGAGGAUGAAGAGUGGGACAAAUACAUUAUUCCAUCCAAAGUGGAGUCAGAGAAGUACAAAGUGAGCCGGACCUUCAGUUUCCUCAAGAGCAGGAUGUCAAGCACGCGCAACAAAACCAAGGUUAAGGACGGGAAGGACAAGAGCGGAGCUGUGAAUGGGCACCAGUUCGUUCCUGCAUCUCCGUCUGGUCCUUUUGUCUGUGUGGCCUGUGAUAAGCCUGUUUCUGGAAAGGAGCUGCUGCAGUGCUCCAACUGUUUUUUGAACAUCCACAAGAACUGUCGAGACUCCGUUGCACCAUGCGGAAAGAAGCUGCACGAGAAGAAUGCAUUGAUGUUGAAAAGCAAAACAUUGUCUCUCCCACAGAGUUAUGUGAAAGACAACUCUUCCUGUUCUCCUGUUGCCUCCACGUCAGUUUCCUCUUCUUCAUCACUUAUAACAAUGACCAAAGAAAAGCGAGAAACACACACCCCUCUCUCCAAAAGCCUCUCUGUUUCUUUGGAGAGCAGACGGCUGAGUGACACAGCAGGAAUGGAGGUGGAUUCUAUUUCUGCAAAUAACACCUCACCGUCUGACGAGGGUACCCCAAUUACAGCGACUCCUACUUCAGCUGACCCACCAAUCAUCUCACAGGAUGAUGUUGAAGCCCCUCUACUGAGUGAUCUGUCAGCCAACCUGCUGGGACUUGAUGCUGAGUCAUGGAGUCUUGCGGUCAGUCCAGACUUCUGCAGGCAGCACGACAGACGCGUCAUCAAACGCCAGGAUGUCAUUUAUGAACUAAUGCAGACAGAGCUGCACCACAUCCAGGCUUUGACAGUCAUGUCAGAAGUGUUCAGACGAGGCAUGCUGGAGGAGCUGCAGCUGGACUGGGAGUGUGUGGCCAGAAUCUUUCCAUGCUUGGAUUCCUUGCUGCUCUUUCAUAGGAACCUCUUUGGAUCGCUGCAGGAGUGCAGACAAGCUUCUACGCAACCUGAGAAUCAGAGAAAUUAUCUCAUACAUCAGAUUGGUGACAUCCUGCUUCAGCAGUUCUCAGAUGAAAAUGCUGAGAAUAUGAAGCAAGUAUAUGGAGAUUUCUGCAGCCACCACAUGGAAGCUGUCAACGUAUUCAAAGAGCUCCAGCAACAGAAUAAGAAACUGCAGAAUUUUGUCAAACAACAGAACAAUAACUCACUAGUCAGGAGAAGAGGGAUUCCAGAGUUCAUCCUUUUAGUCACCCAGCGCAUCACCAAAUACCCUGUCUUGUUGGAGAGGAUAUUACAUUACACUCAAGAAGGCAGUCAAGAACACUCAGACUUGUCAAGUGCUCUGGCUCAGAUACGUGAUAUUAUCGCGGCAGUGGACCUGACUGUGAGUGAGUACGAGAGAUCUCAGGAGCUGCAGGAAGUGCUCACCCGGUUGGAGAAUAAGAGUUUUGCCAAACUAAAGAGUGGCAAGGAGGUUCGCAAGCAGGAUCUGCACGGCAAACACAGAAAUCUACAGCACAAGGGAUUGCUUUACUGGAAGACUGCUACUGGCCGCCUAAAAGAUACACUGGCCCUCUUGCUUACAGAUGUUCUGGUGUUCCUGCAAGAGAAAGAUCAACGCUUUGUAUUUGCGGCUGUGGACCAGAAGCCUCCUGUGAUCCCACUGCAGAAGCUCAUCGUUAGAGAAGUAGCCAAUGAGGAACGAGGGUUGUUCCUCAUCUCUGCUUCUUCAGCUGGACCAGAGAUGUAUGAAGUUCACACCACCACCAAAGAAGAGAGAAAUGCCUGGAUGAAACAAAUACGACAGGCUGUCGAGAGUUGUCCAGUGAAGGAAGAGGAGGAGGAGCGCAGCGCCGAAUCAGCAGAGGCCAAGCGAGAAGCGGAAGCCAAGGUUCAAAAAAUCUCAAAGUUCCAAGAGACAUUGUUGAAUCGGGACCAGCGCAUCUGCAACAGCUUGGAAGAGAAGUUACAGUUAUAUGCUGAACUCACAGAUUUAACCCUACGCUCUCCAGAAGCCAUACCACAUCGCCACCUGCUGGUACAAGCAGACAUUGAUCGUGAGGCACCCAUACAGGCCUCAACGCUGCUCUCGGCCGCGCUCAGAGAAGCAGAGAACCUGAUUACCAUUCUACAGGUUCAUGAUGGAGUUCCUGUCCAAAGUGACAGCUCUCUUAUCUGUGGGCCUGAGUCCUGCAACUACAAUAGCCACGGUAGCAGCAUCCUUGAGUCUCCAUCAGAACCGGAUUAUCUGAGCACACUCAGUGUGAGCUCCAACUCUCUUGGAUCGGACAGUGAGGGGACAGGGAUGGAUGGAGUGUUGUGGACCUCUGCGGCUGAGCUGAAAAAAGCAGACACCAAAGAAACUCUGUUAAAGGUUGCAGAGAGUGUGCAGAGUCUGACUCAACUUCUUUACAGUCUACAGGCUACUGUGACCCUUCAGGACAGCUGUUUGGAGAUCCAGAAAAUUCUCCUUCAGGAAGGAGACAAAUCUCAGCUCAGGACCUUUGCCUCCCUCCAAAACAGCCUGGAGCAGGAGAAGCAGACUGGCAUUGAUAAGAAAAAAGAGGACGUUGAAAAGAAGGGUUCAGAGAAGAAGAAGGAAGACGUGGAUGAUGUGCAGAAACUUCAUUUGAAACUGAAACAAGACCAGCAGCGCUGGGAUAAGGAGUGUGCAGCCAAAGAAAAACAGCAGACAGAGCAGGAGAGUGCACUGGAGAAGCGUGAGCAGAAUUGCCUCAUGGAGGCAGAGCGGCUGCGUUGUGAGCGAGAGGAGCUCGAAACUCAGCUGCUGGAGUACCGCACCAGUAUGGAUAGACUUCGAGAGGGCCAGCAGAAUGUGGAUAGGGAGAAGGAGAAGCUUGAAGCCCAGCAGAGGCUCCUCCAGAGCUGGAGACACAACAGGCAGAGCAGUCUGCCUGUUACCAUACCACUGGAUGGAUACAAGGUGCCAAGUCACAGUCGCUCAGGCAGCCUGGACGGCACCUGCUGGACGUACGAGAAUGACGCUGCUCUACUGGCAUCACUUCAGAGGAACCAACCCCCGAACAAAAACCCACAGCAGUACCUACCCUCUGUCUCGCGGAGAAACAACGACGGCCUCCGGCAAGCCUCCAGCUACGGCACUGAUAUUAGCCUCAGCGCCAGCCUCUACAACAGCCUCAAUACCCUGCUCAGCCAAACCCACAGAAAACAAUCUCAGGAUGGUCUCACAUACCCUAAUUACAACAAGAACCAUGGCUUCGGCCAGUCAGCCAACACUUCUGUCAAUCCCUUCAGCAGCAGAGGAACUGUGCAGCCACAGAGCACCAGCAAGCACUUGAGUCCACAGUUGGAUCAACAUUCCGUGGAGGCCUGGAGGCCCGAGAUCCCCGGUCAAGACCUUUAUGAAAACACCUACUCUUCCUCCUCUCCCUCGCUCACGCCCCUCCUGCCCACGCAGUCCUACCUCUCUCUCGAAGGACAUCUCAGUGAGGACGGAGGCGAGGAGAACAUUGUUUACCUCUGAUGACUUUACAAAUAAGUGGGUGUUGUUACAUAUAUUUGAGUGUACUGGAUGUAAAUACAGUUGGGAAACUAAAUAAUCACGUGAGGGAAAAGUAUUGUGUGCCUUUAAAACUUCCUGGCAGCCAUCAGUGCUCUUCCAUGUUAACUCGUUGGCUGCCAUUGACAGUGAUAGAUGUUAAAUCCAUUUGAAGUGGGAAGGAUUGGACGUCUAUUAUCAAAAAGUGCUGGUGUUACUUUCCCGUAGCUCUUAAAGUAAGAUAUAUGGAGAAAAGCCAUUGCUCUCAUAAAGAGUGCUAUAUAAUGCCUUGUGAUCUUAAAUAAUAUUCUAUUUAUUAGGGAAUGUAAGCAUUUUGGGAAGAAUGGUAAUGACACGUUUGUAAAGAUUGUAUGUAUUGUAUCGUAUAGUUUAUUGAAAGGGCUACCUUUUCUCGCUAUCGUUUCUUGGAACAAUUUGGUAAUUUAUUGUAUGUAAACGGAUUCAUGCACUGUAUGUACACAUUGGUUUCAAUCGCUGUAAUCAUUCUUGUGAAUUGUUAAUUUUUGGGCUGCUUAUAAAGGUAUGAUUCAGAAAA